AUGUUGGGUGAUAUUGAUGGAUUAAAAGAAGUACGUCACAAGAAAUUAAAUCAAUUAAAACAAUUGCUCACUGACAGACUCGAUACUCUACAGAGCCCCGCCGAUUGCAGUAAAGCAAGGAAACUGUUGUGCAAAUUGAAUAAAGGUUGCGGCUAUGGAUGCCAAAUGCAUCAUGCUGUUUACUGCUUGAUUGUAGCUUACGCUACUAAACGAACUUUAUUGUUAGAUACCAAUGGUUGGCGUUAUAUGCCUCAGAAUGGCUGGGAAGGAUAUUUUAAGCCGUUGAGUACUAAUUGUAAGAUCGGUUCAGAGUCUCAGGCUAGCCCAUGGGACGGCCAUAAUGAUGCUGAUCUUCUCGUCCAUUUACCUAUUAGUGAUGGUAUUACCCGAAGACCGUCGUAUUUGCCCUUGGCUAUACCUAAAGAUAUGUCGGAAACCUUACUGACUUAUCAUGGACAUCCAUUUGUUUGGUUUGUUGGACACAUGAUGCGAUAUCUCCUAAGAUGGCAAUCAACUACCCAAAAUUUUAUUGAUGAUAAGAAAAAAGAGCUUAAAUUUGAUAAGCCGAUUGUUGGAAUUCAUGUCAGAAGGACCGAUAAAAUCAAUAGUGAAGCUGCCUUACACAAUAUUGAAGAAUACAUGGUUCAUGUGGAAGAGUACUACCAAAAAUUGAAGAGGACAACAAAAGUGCCUGUCAAGAGAGUGUUUAUUGCAACUGACGAACCAAAAGUAGUAGAUGAAGCCAGAAAAAGAUAUAAAGAUUAUGUAUUCGUCAGCGAUGCUCAAGCCUCUAAAUCGGCGGCUCUUAGUUCGCGUUAUAGUGAUCAAUCUCUUCGGGGUAUCAUAUUAGAUAUCGAGAUAUUAGCACAAACUGAUUAUUUAGUAUGCACGUUUUCAUCUCAGGUUUGUAGGCUUGCUUAUGAAAUUAUGCAAACAUACCAUGACGACGCUUCUCAAUAUUUUCACUCCCUUGAUGAUAUUUAUUACUUCGGUGGACAAAAUAUGCAUCGUCAUAAGGCAAUCUAUCCUCAUGCCGCUCGUCGUCAAGGCGAGAUUGAUCUAGCUGUUGGAGAUAUUAUAGCCGUUGCUGGCAAUCAUUGGGAUGGCUAUUCUAAAGGAAGAGUACAAGGUAAAGGUUGGGAUGGGUUAUAUCCAUCUUAUAAGACAGAAGACGUUCCAGAUAUUGGCGAUUUUGCAGCCUAUAAUUAA